CGGUCUGUGCGGCGGCCCCGCUCUGUUGGUUCAUUGUACGCCGCUCGCGAUGGUAACCCUCCCUUCUCGCCUAGGACCCGGCGCGGAUCUUCGAGCUGGUGGAAGUGGUUGGAAAUGGCACCUACGGGCAAGUCUAUAAGGGUCGACAUGUUAAAACAGGUCAGCUGGCGGCCAUCAAAGUUAUGGAUGUUACUGAGGAUGAAGAGGAAGAAAUCAAACUGGAGAUAAAUAUGCUGAAGAAAUAUUCUCAUCACAGAAAUAUCGCCACAUAUUACGGUGCUUUCAUUAAAAAGAGCCCCCCUGGACAUGACGACCAGCUCUGGCUGGUGAUGGAGUUCUGUGGGGCGGGGUCCAUCACGGACCUGGUGAAGAAUACCAAGGGGAACACGCUCAAGGAGGACUGGAUAGCGUACAUCUCCAGAGAGAUCCUGAGGGGCCUGGCGCAUCUUCACAUCCAUCAUGUGAUUCACCGGGACAUCAAGGGCCAGAACGUGCUGCUGACCGAGAACGCAGAGGUGAAGCUCGUUGAUUUCGGAGUGAGUGCUCAGUUGGACAGGACUGUGGGGAGGAGAAACACCUUCAUAGGCACCCCCUACUGGAUGGCGCCUGAGGUCAUCGCCUGCGACGAGAACCCGGAUGCCACCUAUGACUACAGAAGCGACCUUUGGUCCUGUGGCAUCACCGCCAUCGAGAUGGCAGAAGGUGCUCCCCCUCUCUGUGACAUGCAUCCAAUGAGAGCACUGUUUCUCAUUCCCAGAAACCCUCCUCCCCGGCUGAAGUCAAAAAAAUGGUCAAAGAAAUUUUUUAGUUUUAUAGAAGGGUGCCUGGUGAAGAACUACAUGCAGCGGCCCUCCACAGAGCAGCUCUUGAAACAUCCUUUCAUAAGGGACCAGCCAAAUGAGAGGCAAGUUAGAAUCCAGCUGAAGGAUCACAUAGACCGGACCAGGAAGAAGAGAGGAGAGAAAGAUGAAACGGAAUACGAGUACAGCGGCAGUGAGGAGGAAGAGGAGGAGGUGCCCGAGCAGGAAGGAGAGCCGAGCUCCAUUGUGAACGUGCCUGGGGAGUCCACUCUGCGUCGCGAUUUCCUGCGGCUGCAGCAGGAGAACAAGGAGCGCUCUGAGGCUCUUCGGAGACAACAGCUGCUUCAGGAGCAGCAGCUGCGGGAGCAGGAGGAGUAUAAAAGGCAGCUGCUGGCCGAGAGGCAGAAACGGAUUGAGCAGCAGAAGGAACAGCGGCGGCGGCUGGAAGAGCAACAAAGGAGAGAGCGUGAGGCUAGAAGGCAGCAAGAACGUGAGCAGCGAAGGAGAGAACAAGAAGAGAAGAGGCGGCUAGAGGAACUGGAGAGAAGGCGGAAAGAGGAUGAGGAGCGGCGGCGGGCCGAGGAAGAGAAGAGGAGAGUCGAGAGAGAGCAGGAGUAUAUCAGGCGGCAGCUCGAAGAGGAGCAGCGGCACCUGGAAAUGCUUCAGCAGCAGCUGCUCCAGGAGCAGGCCCUGUUACUGGAGUGCCGCUGGCGGGAGCUGGAGCAGCACCGGCAGGCAGAGAGGCUCCAGAGGCAGUUGCAACAAGAACAAGCAUAUCUCCUGUCUCUACAGCACGACCACCGGAGGCCGCACCCACAGCCGCCGCCGCAGGAAAGGAACAAGCCCAGCUACCACGCCCCGGAGCCCAGGCCCCACUACGAGCCGGCCGACAGAGCGCGAGAGGUGGAAGAUAGAUUUAGGAAAACUAACCACAGCUCCCCUGAAGCCCAGGCUAAGCAGACAGGCAGAGUGCUGGAGCCGCCAGUGCCUUGCAGAUCAGAGUCCUUUUCCAGUGGCAGCGCCGAGCCUGUGCACCCCGCCCUGCAGACACCAGCUGAGCCCCAGGUACAGUGGUCCCACCUGGCAUCUCUCAAGAACAAUGUUUCCCCUGUCUCGCGAUCCCAUUCCUUCAGUGACCCUUCUCCUCCCAAAUUUGCACACCACCAUCUUCGCUCUCAGGACCCAUGUCCACCUUCCCGCAGUGAGGCGCUCAGUCAGAGUUCUGACUCUAAGUCGGAGGCGCCUGACCCCACCCAAAAGGCUUGGUCUAGAUCAGACAGUGACGAGGUGCCUCCAAGGGUUCCUGUGAGAACAACGUCUCGGUCCCCUGUGCUGUCCCGUCGGGACUCCCCGCUGCAGGGCAGUGGGCAGCAGAAUAGCCAGGCUGGGCAAAGAAACUCCACCAGUAGCAUCGAGCCCCGGCUGCUGUGGGAGAGAGUGGAGAAGCUGGCACCCAGGCCCGGCAGCGGAAGCUCUUCGGGAUCCAGCAACUCGGGAUCCCAGCCCGGCUCGCACCCUGGCUCUCAGAGCGGCUCUGGGGAGCGCUUCCGAGUGAGAUCAUCAUCCAAAUCUGAAGGCUCUCCGUCUCAGCGCCUUGAAAAUGCAGCGAAAAAACCUGAAGACAAAAGAGAAGUGUUCAGACCUCUGAAACCUGCGAGUGAAGUGGACUUGACUGCACUGGCCAAAGAGCUGCGAGCAGUGGAGGACGUGCGGCCACCGCACAAGGUGACAGACUACUCCUCGUCCAGUGAGGAGUCGGGGACGACGGACGAGGAAGACGAUGAUGCAGAGCAAGAAGGGCCCGGGGAACCCAUGUCUGGACCGGAGGACACCAGAGCAGCUAGGUCGUCUCUGAAUUUGAGCAAUGGGGAAACAGAAUCCGUGAGAACCAUGAUUGUCCAUGACGAUGUGGAGAGUGAGCCAGCCAUGACCCCGUCCAAGGAGGGCACGCUGAUUGUCCGCCAGAGUACAGUUGACCAAAAGCGAGCCAGCCAUCAUGAGAGCAAUGGCUUUGCCGGGCGCAUUCACCUCUUGCCAGAUCUCUUACAGCAAAGCCAUUCCUCCUCCACUUCCUCCACCUCCUCCUCCCCAUCUUCCAGCCAGCCGACACCCACCAUGUCCCCACAGACACCCCAGGACAAGCUCACUGCUAAUGAGACUCAGUCCGCUAGUAGCACACUCCAGAAACACAAAUCCUCCUCCUCCUUUACACCUUUUAUAGACCCCCGAUUACUGCAGAUCUCUCCAUCUAGUGGGACAACAGUGACUUCUGUGGUGGGAUUUUCCUGUGAUGGAAUGAGACCGGAAGCCAUAAGGCAAGAUCCUACCCGGAAGGGCUCAGUGGUCAAUGUGAAUCCCACCAACACUAGGCCACAGAGCGACACCCCAGAGAUCCGCAAAUACAAGAAGAGGUUUAACUCUGAGAUCCUGUGUGCUGCCUUGUGGGGAGUGAAUUUGUUAGUGGGAACAGAAAGUGGCCUGAUGCUGCUGGACAGAAGUGGCCAAGGGAAGGUAUACCCUCUGAUCAACCGGAGACGAUUUCAGCAGAUGGAUGUCCUCGAAGGCUUGAAUGUUUUGGUGACAAUAUCUGGCAAAAAGGAUAAGUUGCGUGUCUACUAUUUGUCCUGGUUAAGGAAUAAAAUCCUUCACAAUGACCCAGAAGUGGAGAAGAAGCAGGGGUGGACCACCGUGGGCGACUUGGAAGGCUGUGUGCACUAUAAAGUGGUAAAAUAUGAAAGAAUCAAAUUUCUCGUAAUUGCUUUGAAGAGUUCGGUGGAAGUGUAUGCAUGGGCACCCAAGCCAUACCACAAGUUUAUGGCCUUUAAGUCGUUCGCGGACCUGGCGCACCGGCCGCUGCUGGUGGACCUCACGGUGGAGGAGGGCCAGAGGCUGAAGGUGAUCUACGGGUCGUGCGCCGGCUUCCAUGCCGUGGACGUGGAUUCGGGAUCCGUCUAUGACAUUUACCUGCCGACACACAUCCAGUGCAGCAUCAAGCCCCACGCCAUCAUCAUCCUGCCCAACACGGACGGCAUGGAGCUGCUGGUGUGCUACGAGGACGAGGGCGUCUACGUCAACACGUACGGCCGCAUCACCAAGGACGUGGUGCUGCAGUGGGGCGAGAUGCCCACCUCCGUCGCUUAUAUCCGAUCCAAUCAGACGAUGGGCUGGGGCGAGAAGGCCAUAGAGAUCCGGUCUGUGGAGACGGGCCACCUGGAUGGCGUGUUCAUGCACAAAAGGGCUCAGAGACUGAAAUUCCUGUGUGAGCGCAACGACAAGGUGUUCUUUGCUUCUGUGCGGUCGGGCGGCAGCAGCCAGGUGUACUUCAUGACGCUGGGCAGGACCUCCCUCCUGAGCUGGUAGAGCCGUGGCCCGACCGCUGCCGUCUUCAGACCCGAGGGCUCGGAAGCUCGGCCGGAGCGCCGCGUGCCCGGCAGCAGGACCGUGCGCAGACCCCACGGCUCUCCUCCUCCUUCCUGCUCUCCCUACCAGUUUGUCCCCAAUCUUUUUUAAAUUUUUUUUCUUUAAAAAAUAAAUCAGGCUGCAAUGCAGCUGGUGCUGUUCAGACUCUA